AUGCCCGAGGAGACCCCACUGCUGGCGGGCAGCCGUUCGGCCCUCUUGGAGGCCACAGAGGAGUCCACGCUCCACUCCGUCCUGAUGGUUCUGGUGAAGAUCCUGUUCGCUGCCCCGACCAUUGCUGGGAUUGUUGUAGGAGCAGUCUACCUGGGCCAGUGCCCCCAGCAGCCUCUCAUCCCCAUCUACCUGAUCGUCCUGAGUGCGGUCGUCCUCCUGCUGCUGCUGCUCAGCUGCCUGCCCUGCGGGGAUGGCACGGACCGACCCAAUCCCUGGGCACAGCGCUUCCGGGCCGCCUGCUGCCUCUUCCUCUGCAUCUGGUUCCUGGCAGGCAACGUGUGGGUCUACACCAUCUACCCCCCCAACUACAACCCGGCCGGCCGCCCCGCCUUCUGCCAGCGCACCGUCUUCCUCUUCGCCUUCGCCGUCACCACCGCUGUCUACGUGGUCCUGGCCGUGGCGCUGCUCUUCGCCCUCUGCGUCCUCCUGGGCCUCUUCAUCUACGACGCCGUCCGGCCGCGCGGGGGGUGUGGCACUUGGCAGCGCCUUUGACAGCCCUUGGGGUGGGG